AUGGAUACAACUUGCCCAGUUUUAAACGAUGGCACACCAGCUAUUCAAUGGAUUUAUAACAUCUUUGGAGAUUGCGUCUAUGGAUGGCAAGAGUCAAUUAGUUUACUGUUUGGGUACCUCUCGAUAUUAUGUUGGUUAAACGCACAAAUGCCUCAAGUGAUAAAGAAUUACAGGCUGCGUGAUGCCGAAGGACUCAGCUUUAGUUUCCUGACGGUCUGGCUAACGGGCGAUGUUGCAAAUUUUGUCGGCUGCGUUAUUACGGGUCAAUUACCCUUCCAAAUCAUUUUAUCAAUCUACUUUACUAUCAUCGAUACCAUUUUAUGCUUUCAAUGGCUUUAUUACGUCAAGUAUACCAACAAUAGUAUUCGUCGCUGGUUCGAUGGAGAUGAUCAAGAAUUCAAGCCUUUAACAAUCCCUGCUGAUACCAACACAAGCAACGCUGCUGCUCCUGCACUUUAUACCACCUACAGCACUGGUGCUAGAGCCAAGGAAAUCAACGAGCAAUCAUCCCUGCUGGGCUCAUCUCCUCAGCCAAAGAAGUACGUUACCACCAUGAUGAUGGCAUUCUGCUUCUUCAGUUUUGGCAACCUACCUUCUGCCACCGAUCUGUUCUCUGCCAACACAUUAGUCUUGGAAGCAGCUGCUGUUGCUGUAACUGCAGAUGACGGUAAUAAAACCAUCUGGGUGGGCAGAUUCUUUGCCUGGCUGUGCACAUUUCUUUAUCUCUCAUCAAGACUACCACAAAUCUAUCAAAAUUUCCGCCGUCGCUCUUGUGAAGGAUUAUCCAUGGCUUUGUUCUUCUUUGCAGCAAUGGGUAACCUGACCUACGUGCUCAGUAUUUUUACUAAUCCUCAUGCAACACGUGCUACCAUGUUGGAAGCCGUUCCUUACAUUAUUGGAAGCGCAGGUACUCUGAUCUUUGACGGAACUAUUUUCACUCAAUAUGCACUUUAUACAAACAAGGACAGACAGCAGCAGGAUGUGGUUGCCGUCGAAGCCGUACUCGUUUAA